CCGUCCCCGCCCCGCCGGGCCCGGCCCCCGCCGCGCCCCCGCGCCGCCCCGCCCCGCGCGCGGAGGCAGCAGGCGGCUCCGGCCCAUGAGGGCCUGAUGGAAAACACAAAGGAGCUGAGUCUCCCCUCUUGUGUGAAACCCCCUGGGGAAGAGGCUAUGGACAAAACCAUUGACAAACAGCAGAAACUGGCUUCAGACAAAAUGCUGUCAUACAUAGCAAAUGAAGAGACAGGAAAAAACAUUUCUGUAAUUUUCCAGCAGAGAUUUUACUUAUAAUAAGAGUGGAAGGCACAUUUCCAGAUAGAGACAGAACAUAGUUCCCGAGUGGAAAGGAAACGCCAAGACUCGUUCGGGAUGUUUGACGGUUAUGAUAGUUGUAGUGAGGACACCAGCAGCAGCUCCAGUUCAGAUGAAAGUGAGGAGGAGGUUGCUCCUUUGCCAUCCAGUCUCCCAAUUAUCAAGAACAAUGGGCAAGUUUAUACUUAUCCAGAUGGCAAAUCUGGCAUGGCUACGUGUGAGAUGUGUGGGAUGGUUGGUGUCCGGGAUGCUUUUUACUCUAAAACCAAGCGCUUCUGCAGCGUGUCGUGCUCCAGAAGCUAUUCCUCCAACUCCAAGAAGGCCAGCAUUCUGGCCAGGCUUCAGGUAGCGGGUAAACCUCCAACAAAGAAGGCUAAAGUCCUACAAAAACAGCCCUUAGUGGCUAAAUUAGCAGCAUAUGCCCAAUACCAAGCAACUCUACAAAACCAGGCAAAGACAAAAGCAGCAGCUGUCCCUGUGGAAGGUUUCAGCUGGGGUAACUACAUCAAUAGUAAUAGCUUUACAGCAGCACCUGUUACCUGCUUUAAACACGCACCCAUGGGGACUUGCUGGGGUGAUAUUGCAGAAGGAGUGCGAGUGGAGGUUCCAAACUCUGACUGCAGCCUACCUACCAAAGUCUUCUGGAUAGCUGGAAUUGUAAAAUUAGCAGGCUACAAUGCCCUGCUGAGAUAUGAAGGCUUUGAAAAUGAUUCAAGUCUUGACUUCUGGUGCAACGUUUGUGGGUCUGACAUUCACCCAGUUGGUUGGUGUGCAACCAGUGGGAAGCCCUUAGUUCCUCCUCGAACCAUCCAGCACAAAUACACAAACUGGAAAGCUUUUCUAGUGAAACGACUUACUGGUGCCAAAACACUUCCUCCUGACUUUUCUCAGAAGGUGUCUGAGAGUAUGCAGUACCCAUUCAAAACUUCCAUGAGGGUGGAAGUAGUGGACAAGACGCAUCUGUGCCGGACGAGGGUGGCCGUGGUGGACAGCGUCGUUGGGGGCCGCCUGAGGUUGGUGUAUGAAGAGAGUGAGGACAAAACUGAUGACUUCUGGUGCCAUAUGUACAGCCCACUCAUUCAUCAUAUUGGCUGGUCUCGGAGUAUAGGACACAGGUUCAAAAGAUCUGAUAUUACAAAGAAACAGGAUGGACAUUUUGAUGCACCCCCACACUUAUUUAUGAAGGUAAAAGAGGUUGAUGCAGCUGGAGAGUGGUUUAAAGAAGGAAUGAAAUUGGAAGCUAUAGACCCCCUAAACCUUUCAGCAAUAUGUGUGGCAACUAUCAGAAAGGUGUUAGCAGAUGGCUAUCUUAUGAUUGGGAUUGAUGGCUCAGAAGCAGCAGAUGGGUCUGAUUGGUUUUGUUACCAUGCCACUUCCCCUUCUAUUUUCCCUGUUGGUUUCUGUGAAAUUAACAUGAUUGAACUAACUCCACCCAGAGGUACAGGUUAUGCAAAACUCCCUUUUAAAUGGUUUGACUACCUCAGGGAAACUGACUCAAUAGCAGCACCAGUAAAGCUCUUCAAUAAGGAAGUUCCAAACCAUGGGUUUCACGUUGGCAUGAAGCUGGAGGCCGUGGAUCUGAUGGAGCCUCGGCUGGUGUGCGUGGCCACGGUGACGCGCAUCAUUCACCGGCUGCUGCGGAUCCACUUCGACGGCUGGGAGGAUGAGUAUGACCAGUGGGUGGACUGUGAGUCUCCAGAUCUGUAUCCUGUGGGAUGGUGUCAGCUCACUGGGUACCAGCUCCAGCCUCCAGCGCCGCAGUCAUCAAGAGAUAGCCAGUCAAGUUCAUCCAAACAGAAGAAAAAAGCUAAAUCGCAACAGUACAAAGGACAUAAGAAAAUGACUUCGUUACAGCUGAAGGAGGAGCUGCUGGAUGGGGAGGAGUACAGCUUCCUGCAGGGAACCUCUGACCAGGAGAGCAACGGCUCUGCCAGCUACUACAUCAAACAGGAGCCCUGAGGCAGCUCCAGGAGCAAGGGGCACAGCAGUGCUGAUAGGAAAAGAACCUUUCUCCAACACUGACUGAUUCUAUUCCCACUUGCAUGGUGCAGUUCAGGUGACUGUGCCUGGGGUGCUUUGCUAAAUGUAGAUGAAUUAGACUCAGUCCAGAAUUUUUUGGAAGGGCGGGGAAACUAUUUUAGUGAAAAAGAUUUUUCAAUUUAUUAAAAACAAAAAACAAAGGACACUUUUGUGUUGUAUUUGAAGCUUUUGAAAGAAUUUUGUAAUAUUUUCAAGUUCAGAUUUAUUGUGCAUUGUUAACAAGAACUGAAAUUCUAAUUUUUUUGUAAGAUUAAAGUUUAUUCAGCAUGAUUGUGGGAAGCAGUUGGAGGAAGAUAUAGUUGCAAAUACAAACGAACUGUCAUAACAAAUGAACCUUUUUGGUACAAGUUGGGAGACUGUUAGACUCUUGUGAACUGCACUGGUCAUGCCUCUGGUUUUUUAAUUGUGAAAAUAAGGCUUUAAAGUCCUGAUUUAAAGGCAUAAAUUAUAAAUGGAAGACAGUCCUGUAAAGCUCUACUCAGUGAGUAGCCCCAAGUGCAACGGAGCCAUCGCCUGAGGAAGAUUUUAACUUUUCAAAGUGUUUUUAUUUAGUUUCAAAGACCCUUUUUUUGUAUAAGGUUUUUGUUUUUUUAACAUUCUUUAGGGUCUGAUUCAGUGCCCAUGAAUAUCAGCAGCCUUGUCUGUGCCGACUGCAGUGGGCAUUGGAUGGGCUCUAUAAAGCUCUUGUCUCUAUGUGAAUGUCUGUAGUCUUGGAAUGCUUCAGCAAAUGUUUACAGAGCCCUAUGCCAAACUGGAACUUCAGAAAAUUCUCUCAUUGGAAGAUUAGUGGUAGCUCUGAAUUUUGACUGAAGAAGCAGCUUAGAUGGACAGUCACUAAGGAUUCCCUUGGUAGUGGGAAGGAACUUGUGAGUAUUCUUGUGAUUUUUUUUUUUCCAUUCAGAAAGCCUUUAAUGUUUCUUUACCAUCUUAAAUAUUUAUCUCUGGUCGUUCAGAACUGAUGUGCCACAUGGUUUCAGGAGAUCUGAAAGGAGCCCUACAAUGUGGAUUAAAAAUUAGUUCAGUCCUGCAUAGCCUAGUGUAACACAGGACUUGAGAAAGUAUCAAAAUCACAUGGUUUUAGUCUAUAAUUCAUAACACGACCAUUUAAACACAAAGUAUUUUUGCAGGAGCUCUUCAUAAUUUGGAUUUUAUCUUUCCAUAUUUUUAACUUUUGUACAUUUUUUAAAUGGAGUUGGUGAGUGAGGUAGUUGAUCAGCCCUGCAGAGCUGUGACUGGAAGAAUGUGCAUCAAGAGCUUUAGCUUUUACCAGUAAGGUUCAUUAACUAAACUCUCAGGAAUUAUAAGUUCUAUAAGUGCUUCUGGGUCUUCACAGGUCCCCUUCAGAGCAGUACAAUGAUCAUCUGACUCUUGACCAUAAAUUAGGGCUUAAAAAAAAUUGAUCAAAAAUUACUAAGAUUUGUAUCCUACAGCCUAAGGAAUGCUUUAAGGACAUCAACCCACAGAGCCCCGGGAGACCAUUUUUUGUAUAUUGUUGUUUGAUCUUAAAAAAAAAAGUGCAUAGAAAGUUGAAAACCAGCAAUUUGAUUAUUUUCUAAAAUAUUGCUCCAACUUUAGGUACAUAGUAUUGGUAAUAUACACAGGUUUACCUCAUUCUAUGCAAGAGGGAUUAAUUAUGUAAAGUUUUGUAUUUACUACUGGAAGUAAAACGUGCUGUAUAGUGUAGGAAUGUCUGGAAUUCUUUUCUCCCUUACUGGUAAAAUUUCUUAAAUAACGGCCUGGUUUUAACAACAGCUUCUUCUAUUGACAGAAUCUGUUAAUCUGAUUGCAAGAAUCUAUAACUUCAGAUGGUAAAGACAUUUUAGCUCCCUAAAAUAGCCAUAAAAAGGACUUUGUUGGACCUGGUAGUCUUCAAUAGCUUAUCUCAGAUUCUGACCCACCCAUGAUGUUUAUUUUGAACAGCCUAUAUUGGAGAACUAGGAUUAGAGACCAUUGUAGUGACACUUUGAGCCUUGAUUGUUUUCCUGUGUUCUCAAUUUAAUCUGCUGUAAAAUCCAGCUCUGCAAGCAUUGAUUUCAUUUGGUAAGUAUAGCACUAUUGAUUUUUUUUUUUUUUAAUGCAACAACUUGCAGGUUGUCCUAUCAGCUGGAACAAGGUUCUCACAGUCUUGCUUUCUUCUCUCAUCAACAGCUUCUGACUUCAGUAGAAAAACUGUUGCAUUAAUUUGUGUGCCAUAACGUAGACGGUCGGGCUAGUUAAUGAGUGAGGUGCAUUGCCCAGAGACUAAACUGAAUAUUGCCCAGGCUCAUCCCUGAUUUCAGAGUUGGUCUUUAAAUGUCAAGAGGGAAAAUUAGUCUUAAUAUACUUCCUGUGCUGGGAGAAAUGUAAGAAUCUGUUCUGAAGUCUGUCAGUCUUUAAAAUACUCUGUUCUUCAUCAAACACUAAAGUCUGUGAGGUGAUGUAUGUUCUCGGGUGUGACUUGAGCAGUUGGUGAAAUGCCUUUUGUGUCUCUGAGUUCAUAACACCCUCAGUUGUGUUACUGUCAGGGGCAGUGCCCCCUGUGCUGAGCGAAGCGUGGGCAGAGCUGCUGAAGUCCCUGCCUGAGGAGCAGCUCAGGGGGCAGCUGUGACCCCCAGAGCCCCGGGGGCUGUUCUGGGGCAGCUCCCUGGCCCUGCAAAGCUUCCCGUGCCUCUGGGAUGUUCUCUUGGCUUUCCAGCUGUGGUACUGCCUGAGAGAGCAGCAAAUGUUGGACACCCAAAACCUUCCAUGGGGUUGGACUGAUUCUGGCAUUUGGUACAGCAGCUUUUCCUGAGCGUGAGGCAGCCUGACUUGGCUGCUGCCACUCUUUUCUUGUUCCAGAUCUCUCUGCUGAUCUUUGAUUAUUACAUUAUUUUCAGUAGAACUCUCUAACCUGUUCCUUGCUGCAUCUGAGGAAAGCUACAGCAGUUAUUGAUUCCUUGUUCUACAGAUACUAACACGGGUUUCAGUGUUUGUUUUGGGUUUUUUAUUGUUGUUUUCUGUGAUGUGAAUACCCUCCCUUGAUCUUUGUACGAUGGUGCUAAUACAUUUGGUAACAAUCCUUUAUUGGGAAGGGAUUUUUUAAAACUGUGAUUUCAGAUGAAUUUUUCUUCCUUUUGGUUUUUUUUUUUCAUAUUUAAAAUGAAAAGCCACAACCAUUUAUAUAAAAAAGGCAUCAGCUUUGGCCCCUAAGAAAAUGUUGGGGCAGGAAUCAAGAAUAAACAAAUGGGUUUUUACAUAAUUUCUGUAUGUAUUUGAUAUAUAGAUCAAUAUCUGUACAAAUUUAAUCUUUUAUUUUCUUGGUAAUUUGUGUGGUCAGUGAGAGAGUAUUUAAAGCUUUCUCAUGCAAUGUACAUAACUCAGUGAAAAAAUGCUUUUGGAAAAAUUAAUGUUACUUUCAUUUUUACAAGACUGCAGAUUUUCAGCAUGGAUGUGAAAAGCAUUAAAAUCAUAACUUUGUGUACAAGAUGAAAAUAAUUCACUAAAUUUGCCUUUUUUACACAAAAUAAAAAUGAUUAAAAGUC